AUGACUUGGGUGGAAUUUCCUCGGGUUCUGACAAACCAAUUUGAUGUUCAUUUAAAGGAAAGCCCCUUCGAGAGGUUCACGGCAAUUGCGCAAAUGGGCAUGGCAGAGGAAUACUCCAACUUGUUUGUUCAGAUGGCCAGUCAAGGGUUGUCAGAGAAGGUUCGAGGUUCAAUCCGUCUCAUGCAGCCGCCAAAUUUGAAGACGGCGAUGGACCUAGCAAGAGAUGUUGAGUCAAAUUUGGUAAUUGUGGGUGGGGGCCAAGGUUGGAGGGCUAGAAGUAGUACGUUCACGCGGCCUGUUUUCUACAGCCGGCCUACGUCAGGGCAGAGUUUUCCCUCCGGGCCGAGGCCUAGUGUGCCUCAUUUGGUGGGGUCCACCGGGUCGCAUGGCCCAAGACCCCAUAGGGAAUUCAGCCAGUGCGGGCAUCAAUGCCCUAUAUGGCAAUUGAAUAUAUUGAUGGAAGAGGAGGACGAGGCGUUAGAUCUACACUGUUUUGAGUUUCACGGUGAUCUUGAUCGGCAAGAGAGGGAAACAACUAUAGUCGUGCCGGAAGAAGAGGAGAAGGAGGAGGUUACGGUGUUGAUUGACAGUAGUGCUAGCCAUAAUUUCAUCUCGAGUACCGUGGUGGUGGAGCUCGAUUUGAAGCCUGAUGAGUCAAGCCGGUUUUGGGUUCAGUUGGGCGAUGGGCGGCGCUUGGAUUCGCUGGGAAUAUGCCGCAAUAUUGGGUUGUCAAUGGCCGGUCUCAAGUUAAAAGCGGAUUUUUACGAUUUUCCGCUAGGUAGAGUAGACUUUAUCCUUGGGGUAGCUUGGUUGGCAAAACUUCGGGAAGUUAAGAAAAACUGGGCCAAAUUGACGAUAUCAUUUGUUUUUAAAGGAAGUCGAGUGCAUUUGGGGGGAGAUUCAGCUCUGUGUAGGGGACCUAUUGGGGUCCGUGCGUUGGUUCGAAUGGAGGAAGCAGAGUUUUUGGUUACGGUAGUAUUGGGGCCACCUCUAGGGGUGUCGGAGCCUGCAGAGGAGGCUAUCGUGGAGGUUUUAUCACAGUUUGAGAAGGUCUUCGGGGAGCCAGAGGGGCUGCCCCCGAUUGCGGUGCAGAAGGAUGAGAUUGAGCAAAUGGUUGUGGACAUGCUCUUAGCCGGAAUCAUCCAGCCUAGUUCUAGCCCAUUCAGCAGCCCGGUGUUGUUAGUCACGAUGAAGAUGGAGCUGUUAGAUGAGCUGUCGGGAGCGGUGAUAUUUUCAAAGAUUGACCUUCGUUCUGGAUACCACAAAAUUCGGGUAGAGGAUCGUGGCAUCUAUAAAAUGGCAUUUCGCACUUAUACUGGUCAUUAUGAGUUCCUGGUGUUGUCUUGGCAGCAUCAUAAGGAGCACUUGAGAGAGGAGCUACAGGUCUUUCAAGAUAAUCAAUAUAAGAGGAACCAGAAGAAAUGCUCAUUUGGUUGCUCGAAGUUGGAGUAUUUGGGUCAUGUGAUAUCAACGGCAAGGGUGGAGAUGGAUCCAGAGAAGAUACGGACGGUUGUGGAGUGGCCUGGUCCUCGCAGUUUCUUUGAUGUUAGGGGAUUUUUGGGUCUUACCGGUUAUUAUCGCCGGUUCGUCCAGUGGUAUGGGCAGAUUGCAUUACGUUUGACACACUUGUUGAAGAAGAAUGCUUCUGUUCCGUUUGCUUGGACGGAAGUGGCCGAGGGGCCGUUUCAAGCGUUAAAAUCGGCUUUGACAACGGCUCCUGUUUUGGCGAAGCCAGAUUUUCAGAAGCAGUUUGUUAUUGAGUGUGACGUCUCUGGGUCUGGGAUUGGUGCCGUGCGUACGCAGGAAGGGCAUCCAAUCACGUACUUCAGUAAGUCCUUGGCGGAGAAAACUCUUGCGCAGUCAGCAUACGAGAGGGAGAUUAUGGGGUUGGUUUUAGCAGUGCAGCAUUGGAGGCCGUAUUUGGUGGGUCGCCAGUUUACGGUGAGGACGAAUCAUAGCAAGGAUGCGCUUUCUCGGAAGGGGAAUGAAAGAGUCUUGUUAGCACUCAGUAGUACGGAUUGGGGUGAGUUGGCAGAUGUGCUAUCCGAGGAGGCACGCGAUGGCUUCGUUCAGAGCAUUGUUACUGAUCUCCGUCGGAAUCCGAGCAGUCGACUGGGAUUUGAGACGGUCGACGGAAAAUUAUUCUAUAUGGGCCGCAUUGUGCUAGCUUCUGACUCAGUGUGGAUUCUGAAACUACUUCAGGAAUCCUACGACACCCCUUUGGGAGACCAUGCUGGAGUUUUGCGGACGUAUCGCUUCGAGUGUUUAUUGGAGAGGCAUGUUCCGGGCAGUGCAGGACUACGUGGCAAAACACUUGAUCUUCCAGAAGGCAAAAUAUGA